AUGGCGGCCAUGGUUGUCCCGCAAAACGCUGUAAAGAACUGGGAAAAAUCGGGCAAAGAUGAAGUGUAUGUUUAUUGAAUUUUAGAUGGAAGCAUUCUUUAUUGUGUGGUCUUGAUAAAUGUGUCGUUAUUUUUUCAGUUAUCGGCUGUGUAAGACAUGUGUCCGUGGAGAAUUAUCGGAUUCGAAUUUUCAGUGCGGCGAAAACGGUUUGUAAAUAAGGUUGUCAUUGAUGGGUUUGUAAAGAAUCGUGUUGGGGCGAUCCCUCAUUCCUUGUCUUUUUUUUCACAGAUCUUAA